CCCCGAGCGGCCACCACCAGCACCAAGGUAGGGGAAGCAGAAGGGGAGGAGAAACCAAAGCAAGCAGCCCGAGGGGCCAGGGCAGGGGUAGCGAAAACAAAAAACCACAGGGGGGAAGAACAACACACGCCACUGACCAAACCCUAGGCCAGCCCAGACGAGACGAGGAGGGGAGGAGGCCCGCCAGCGCGCCGGCCGCGAUGCGCAAGGCCAGGCCGCCCCACCCCCACCCGCACCCCUCGCCGUCCCCGGAGAUCCGCUACCGCGGCGUCCGCAAGCGCCCCUCCGGCCGCUACGCCGCCGAGAUCCGGGACCCCGCCAAGAAGACGCCGAUCUGGCUCGGCACCUUCGACUCCGCCGAGGACGCCGCGCGAGCCUACGACGCCGCCGCACGAUCCCUCCGCGGGCCCACCGCCCGCACCAACUUCCCCUCAUCCGCCUCCGCCGCGCCUCCCCCGCCGCGGCCCCCGGCCGCGGCGGCCACGCCCGCCACCUCCAGCCACAGCAGCACCGUCGAGUCCUGGAGCGGCGGCGGCCCGCGGGCCCCCGCCCUGGCGCCCCGCAGCGCCGCCACCGCGACCACCGAUGAGGACCAGGAGGACUGCCGCAGCUACUGCGGCUCCUCCUCCUCCGUCCUCUGCGCCGGCGCCGAGGACGACGACGACACCGCCGCGGCAUCCCGCUCCCCGCUGCCCUUCGAUCUGAACAUGCCGCCCCCGCAGGACGCCACCGCGGCCGCCGCAGAGGCUGACCAGAUGAGCUGCCGCUACGACACGCUGCUACGCCUCUAGCCGACCUGCUUCUUCACGAGAAUAGCAAGGAUUGGGAGAAAGGAAAGAUCGAGAUCAGAUCAGCGCUGCCACGCCCCGCUCCGCGCUGCUCUGCUCUUGCCCCUUCUUCCGAUCAUCUGGUGGUGGACUUCUCUCUCACCCUCACGCUAGAAACGGAUAAUUCUUCUUGCCUCUCUCUCUCUUUUUUGUUUUUCCUCUUCUUCUUUUCUUGUUUUUCUUACCACUUUGAUUCGAUAUGUGAAUAAUUCAGUCAUGUAAGCUGCUGCGAGCGAGGAAAUCUGAGCUUUUCCUUA